GAUUAGGGCAGCAGCCUAGGUUUCGGGAUGGAGCCAGAACCGAAAGAUCGGAUAAGUGAGAGCAGAAAGGCGGCACGGAUGCCUUUUGGCCCUCAGAGGUCCCCGUAGCCCCCCUAAGCCUUGCAGCUCCUAAGGCACCGCGGUACUCCCAGCCCGCCCGGAAACAGGUUCGCCCCGCCCCACGUGGAGCCCCGCCUCUAGGCGGUGCAGCCCAAGGAUUCCCACUGCGGUUCCGGUGAGCUUUCCUGAUGGCGCCAUACGAGGAGGUGAGUGUGUCCGGCUUCGAGGAUUUCAGCCGGGCUGUGGAGCAGCACAAAGGCAAGACCAUUUUCGCCUACUUUACCGGUUCUAAGGACGCCGAAGGGAAAAGCUGGUGCCCCGACUGCGUGCAGGCUGAACCAGUCGUACGAGAGGGGCUGAAGCAUAUUUGUGAAGGAUGUGUGUUCAUCUAUUGCCAAGUAGGAGAAAAACCUUAUUGGAAAGAUCCAAAUAAUGACUUCAGAAAAAAACUGAAAGUAACUGCAGUGCCUACACUACUUAAAUAUGGAACACCUCAAAAGCUGGUAGAAUCAGAAUGUCUUCAGGCCAACCUCGUGGAGAUGUUGUUCUCUGAAGACUAACAUUUGAUGAUGACAGUUGUGUCUUCUGAUGUCCUGAUUUGCAUGUUUGCUUUGAAUUCAUGUUAGCCAUAAAUAAAUAAUGAUGACAUAAAAACUGGUGCACCAAACAACAGAGUGGUAUAAAAUGCUCACAAACCCUCAGUUUGUUUGUAAUGCAUGGGUAUCUUUAAGAUCCAAAGUAAAAUAAAUCUUCAGGAGUGGUAGUAAUAGCACAAAAGAAUGUAUUAUUGCAGGUAAUAGAAAUAUAUGAAAGCCGCUAAUAGUGAGUAGACAGCUUUCAAAUCUCUAAAUGAGUUAGGGUCUUUUACCUUAAAUUCCAUGCAUUUACAGAGAACUGUUAUUCUUAAAAUAUCUUCUUUGGCUUUAGAAUUUAGACUUAAUCACUGAAGGAAAACACAGCACAUCUAAUCCAGCCCCCACUUCAUGCAGGCAGAUCUGUUUUACAGCUGUCUGAAUGUGCUUCACCACUUCGGAUGAGGCGGGUGGCAGACAGGGCAGAGCCUAUACAACCUAGCUGUAGGAAGGACUCCAAACUGAGUCAGUCACACUGAAUGCCCCCUACUAGCUAUGUAACCAUAGGCAAAUUACUUAACCCAUCUAAACCUCAGUCUCCUCCUUUUGAACAAAGAUUGUUCUGAAAAUAAAAUGAAAUGCAGCUAAGCACUUUACACAAUGCCUAGUUUGUGGUAUCUGCCAGAUAAAUGUUAGUAUUACCAAAUUGAGCACAAGCAUUUGAGGUUUAUCUUAGUUCUAGUCUAAGGUUAAGAGUCCAAUUGGUUGAUUACCAAUCUCCCUGCCAUCUCUAGGUCAGUGAGAUACCAAUGAUUAUUUGAAAAUGAUCUCUUGCAAAGCAAGUACUAAUACAGGCAUGUCCUGUCCUGCAGAAUUUAAAAAAAAACUGCCAUUCUUGUCCUGUGAUGUAAACAGGUGAUUGACUCUAUUCAUCAUUCUGUAGAUAGGAAGGGUAGGGUAUCUGAUCUGA